UUUCUCAUCAAAAUUUACACAGGAUUUGAAACCAAUUAGUUCUGGAAAUAAACCGUGAUUGCAAUUUGAAGUUUAUUUUAAUUUACAAAAAAUGGCGCUUCGUAUUUGGACUGUGGGAUUUAAGAGAAAUGCUCUUCUAGCAGUUGCCCCAACGAGGAUAUUAAGCAUGCCAGUAAGCCGCACUCUAAUGGAAAGAAAGAAUCUGCAGCCGUUUUUCACAAAGCCAAGCGUUGUGUUCUCAAGAACGGCGCUCGCACAUCAUUGGGGGGCAGUUCCAAUUGUUGUGAUCACAGUGGUUGGAUUUACCCUGGAAGUGCUGACCUGGAUUCGCCUUGCCGUCACCCGGGAUGAUGUGUGGUGGACCAAGAACUCGGGCAACUGCAUGUUUGUGGAGACCCGUAAGGGCUAUGCCGCGCCCAACCGCAAGUUCUUGACAUACAAUCAGAAAUAUGAGACUCCAGCUGGACUGAUUGAGGCCCUGCAGGGGAAUACGGAUGGUCCUUCGGAAGAUGAAAAAAAAACGAAGAAGUAGCUGAAAAUGGUUUCGUCUUUGGAGGCGUUGAGUUCCGCUUGGAGAUCUUAUUGAUAAUACUAUUAAACGAAGCAUUGAGUUAGAACGAAGCCACUGAAAAGCCACCUAAAUUUUUAAAUAAAACUUCAGGUCAGUGCCACAGGACAUUCUACACAUGAAAAA